CUCCUCUCGGCCUGGAGCAAAAGCACUGGCCUUUCAAAAUCGCUCGUCUUGUCAUCAAGGAAUUCCCAUUCCCAAACGGAGGUCAGCCACCGAUGCUGUAAGCCCCAUGAACAUCGGCAAUCUGGGAGUGAACACGUCGUCGUCGUCCCAUAACAUCGACAUGGACAGGGCUCCCGGUUCCAACAUACGCACGGCCUGUGAUUCUUGUCGAGCUCGCAAGACCAAGUGCUCGGCAGAGAAACCAGCCUGUGCUUACUGCGUCAAAGCGAAUCGGGAGUGUACCUAUUCUAAACCUCCUCAGCGGGGCGAACCCGGCUACGUAGCAUCGCUCGAAGCCAGGAUCAAGGAACUCGUCGGAGCUGACUCGUCGCAACAACCGAUGGAACGUGAGAUAGAGAGGUCAAACGAGCCGAUCCAGCAUCGAUACCGUUCACCAGACCCCCUUGUUAGCCCUUAUCGUCGCAAGCGAAGACGGCAUACGGAUCGACGGGGAAGCCAGACCGACGCUCGCUCCGGCUCGGACCUCGAGAGCAACCACCAUUCUGCCUCGAUUGCACAGUCGUCAUCCCGUUCACCUGCCCGGACUCGUCGAUCGAGUCCUACAGGUUUUCAAGAUUUUCAUCCAAUUCUAUCUGAACCAGUUCGACAUUCGUCGCCUCGCUUGCCACGUGGGCAGAGCAACAGAAGCUAUCUACCCUCCAACUCUCAGCUUGUCGACAGACUUCCAGCCGCAAAAGAAUUGGGUACGGUCUACCGGAUCCAUCCGUUGGGCUAUUCUCCACAUCAACAGUCGGCGGACCCGACCACAACGCGACAGCACGAGACCGUCACUGAAGGCUCUGUAUCGAAUACUGCAGCGCUAGGGCCUACCUCGAACCUCUUACCAUCGCUUGACGAACGCCGAAUCCUUCUCGAUCGGAUUCUGGAGCAUACCAAUACUGCGUUCCCCAUCCUUCACGGCCCGACGUUGCAACGGGAUCUGGAAUCGGUAUAUCACCGAGAGCAAGGGACCCCACCGACAGAUUAUGCGACCUGUCUGCUCUUUCUCGUCAGCGCGGUGUCCGCCUCGUCCCUACCGAAGGACGUCAUCGAAUAUCGUGAGAUCCGCGACAAGUCGACGGCAUGGUGGAGACUGGCUCAAAAGCAUCUUCCCGCCAUGUUGGUCCGUUCGGACUAUACCAGGUUGCAGUUCCGACUGUUACAAUUACAUUACGUCUUGUUGAAUCCGGACGCAGGUGACGUCUGGGAACUCGUGGGUACAGCGAUGCGGACAGCUGUAGACUUGGGACUCCAUCACGAACUGGCCCAGGGCGGGUGGCGAGAAAAGGAUGAUCCUCUUGCUGUCGAUAUGGGCAGGCGAUUGUUCUGGUCUACAUAUGCCAUCGAGCGAAAUCUUGCAAUCGCCUUGGGAAGACCUACGACCGUUCCAGACAACUGGAUCAACGCCGAGUAUCCGUCCCUUAUGCCAGAUUCUGCCAUCACUUCGCGAGGCAUCGAGGCGGGGAUGCCCUCAUCUGACAAACUGGCUGCGGUACAUCAGCAUUUUGCCGUGAGGAGGAUACAGUCCGAGAUCCACCAGUGCCUUUACUCCAGCGUUGGACCCUACCCGACCGAUCCCGAAUGGCAGCGGACCAUGCUCGAUCGCGUGCAGGCCUGGCGGACGAUGGCGACGACUACGACGACUUUCAUGAGCCAACUAUGGCUGGACUUGAACUAUCACAUGACGAUCAUGAACCUCUGCAGACCUAGCCCAGGUAACCAGAAUCCAGACCGAUACACGACCAAGAGGGCUAUUCAGAGCAGCAGCGAGAUCAUGAAGAUCUACCGGGCCAUGUUUCGGCAGAAGAUGAUCAAUUUCAACUGGCUUGCAAUGUACCAUCUGUUCAUGAGCGGCGUCACCUACCUCGGUAGUCUGUGGCAGGCGCAUAAACAGGGUUGGACGAUCGUUCCCACCUUGAUCGAUGCGCUGCUCGAUAUACAAGGUUGUUCUGCGACGAUGGAGGGUCUGGCAGCCACCACUCCCGGGACCAACGGCAUCCGCAACGCGCUCGAAAACGUCUCUGAAGGGGUGCUUCGCCAUCUCAGCUCCAACAGCCGUGCAAUCGGUGCUUCACGGCCGAUCUCUCCAGUAGCACAUCGACCUCACAUCACGCAGGGCGCCGCUGCCGACCUUCCAAUCGGAGCAACGAUGGACGCGACGACGGAACAGCCAAUUUUGCAGAUGCCCUUGGAGCCAAGUUUUAUCAUCGAACCGGGACUUUUUGCUCCUCAUCAAGAAGAUGUUAUAUCUGGAACCUAUCUGAACCCCCUGGAUGGCUUUCUCUUUCACCCGCUCGGAGACAUGUCCGAGCUCGAGUGGAACGAAGCGGUCGAAGGUAUUCUGCAGCAGAUGCAUAGGGAAGAUCCGACCAUGCUCGUUGCACAACGAUAGCGUACACAGAAGACGUCCUUGCACCAUUGACAUCUGGGAUCGUGUU